AUGCCCUCCGAACCCCUCACAAAACCCCAGCGGAUGGCAUACCGCAUUGGUCGCGGUGAAACCGGCGUCCUAACGUUCGAGCCAUAUAAGUCCGAGAUCCUCCCUCUAUGGCGUUUCAAAACGCGUGCUAUCGCUCGCAAGUCCUCUUCCGAUAUCUACAACAAGUUCCUAGAGUACGACAAGAACGAUGACUUUAUUGGCAUGGACAUGUCGCGCAAGUUCUUACAGAUGGGCAUGACCAGGGCAAAGAGAUAUGCGAAUCAUGCUGGAGGAAGAAAGUAUGAUAAGAAGACAGGGGAGCAAUUGGAGAUUAGUAAAGGGCAUGAGGGCCAAGAAGAGAAGCUGGAGGCUAGUGGUAUAUUCAGAGAAGUCUGGGAGAAGGCUAAGCUGCAUGAAGGGUAUGUAGAAAAGAAGGAGAGGUUCAUGAAGGAGCAGAAAGAGUGGGACAAAGAGAAAACGAGGGAGGCGAGGAUAGAGGUCAAGAAGGAGGUCAAGAAGGAGAUCAAGCCAGACAUCAAGACGGAGAUUAAGGAGGAAUGA